AUGUCGAAUCCCAAGAAUAGUUUAGUUUUUGUUAUUGAUGACACAGGUUCCAUGGGGGAUGACAUCCAACAAGUGCGAUACGCUGCAAAAUUAAUAUUCCACUCAGUUAUGAGUUCUAACGUGUCCCAGAUAGGGAACUUUGUUUUGGUCACUUUUAACGACCCGGAUAUUCGACCCGCUUUUAUUACUUUUAAUGAAGGGGAUUUCAUAGCGGCUUUGGAUAAAAUUAUACCUCAUGGUGGCGGAUUAUGCCCUGAAAUGGCUAUGAAGGGAUUAGAAGAAGCAUUGAUUAAAAGCCUUCCACGCUCUUACAUCUUCGUCUUUACAGAUGCGUCUGCUACAGACUACAGAGAGUUUCCAAGAAUCAAAAGUAUCGCGCAGAAAAAAUCAUCACAGAUAGUUUUUGUAUUAACCGGAAGGUGUAUUUAUAACGAAGAAGAUCCUGCUUAUAAUGUAUAUGAAGAACUAGCAACUGCAACAUCAGGACAAGUUUUCCAUGACUUGGAAAAAGGAGACGUCAAUAAGAUUUUGAACUACGUAUCAGAAAUAGUGAAAAGUCCAAGAACUGUGUUAGCUGAGUCGGAGUUUACACCUGGUUACGAUAAACUGCUAAAUUAUACAACUGAUGAUAAGAUCAAUGAUGUGAUAGUGGCAGUCUCCGGUAAAAAUCCUAAAAUAGAGGUCUUGAAAUCUAAUGGAACGAAAGCCUUGACUACAAACAUCUUUGAAACUGAUAAUUCCCUGGUGGUCAAGGUUACUGAUAAAGAUAAAGGUACACAUACUGCUAAAUUGGGCAGUAAGAGUAAAACCAAAGCUGUUAUAACUGGAUCUACGUUAUUUAACUUUAAACAUGGAUUUUCUGCAUUGAAACCAACAUCAAUUGAAGAUACAGUAACAAGACCCAUUGCAGAUAAAAUGUUAUAUUUGGCUAUUCAAUUAAUAAACCCUGAUAAUGAUGUUGAACUUCAAGAAGUUCAGCUUGUUGAUACAAGUAAAAAUGUUCUUGAAAUGCUACCGUUAGAUAAAAUACACGAAGAUUUUUAUGUGACGAAACAAUUACUGCCGCCUAACACUCUGUUUAAAAUAUUGAUAAAAGGCUUUGAUAAGAAUAAAAAAACACCCAUAGAAAGACUUUCUAUGACACCAAUAGAACCAGCAAGGCUUAUGGAUGAGGGGCCACCGAAAAUGAAAGCACCCACUAUUACUUCAGUUGGAGAAAACCUAAUAAAAGUUAACUAUGAUGAUUCGUUGCAGCUUAGAUGCAAAGUAAACGGGUUCCCAAAACCACAGAUUAAGUGGAUUGAUGAAAAAUCUGGACUGACAAUUUCUGAAAUGGUUGAAGAAGUUGAUCUUCCGUAUGACUACUUGAGUGUUCUUAACAUAGAACAUAUAAAAAAAAAUACUUCGUAUCAGUGCCUUACAUUUAAUGAUUAUGGUAAAGAUAUAAGAACAGUAACAGUUGAAGCAACCACCAAAUUUGUCGUGGUGAGUGCAUCCAAAGAUACAAGUAUAUUUUAUUCGGAUGAGGGUAGUAUAUAUUGUAUAAUAGAUGCGAUACCACCAGCAAACGUUACCUGGUAUCUUAAUGGAAAUCCAUUGGAGGAUGAUGAUGAUGAUGUAGAAAAGUCAUCUGAUGGAUUUGUUAUUACAAUUAUAAGGAUGCAGCCAAGAUUUGAAGGCCAAUUGAUUUGUGAAGCCAAAAACGAAUUUAAUAGAAAACUUAUUUCCCUACAGUUAACAAUGUUGGGCAAAGCUCUACCUAAAUUAAGAAAAACAGUUAAAGAGGUUGAAGUCACAAAAAAUCAAAAUAUUGAUUUAAAUUGCAGAGUUAUUGCUGGAAUACCGCAGCCUAAUAUGGUUUGGUUUUUUAAGCAACAAUACACGUCCGAUUUUAUUGAAAUCUCUGAAAAUUCAGACGUCCUACAUAUAAAGGCCGCAGAUUUAGAUAAAGCAGGUACCUAUAGAUGUGAAGCACGCAAUGCGUACGGUAAAGACAGUCACGAUAUAGAUUUAGUUGUUGAAUAUCCACCAGCAAUAAAACAUGAUAAAACGUUAAUAAAAACAGAAGACGACAAAAUGGUAUCACUCAGUUGCCUUGUGGAUGGUAUCCCAACUCCAAGUGUGUAUUGGAGUUUUAAUGGGAAAAUAAUCAAUAAUUCUCACAUUCAUAAAAUUUAUAGAAAUAAAACAUUAAGUUUUAGAUCAUCGAUUCAUAAUGCCGGAAACUACACAUGUGAAGCUAAUAACAAACUUGGAUCUGAAAGAAAAACUGUUCAAAUAAUAGUUUAUGUGCCACCACAGAUCAAACCCCCACCAGAAACAACCUUGGAAGAAAAGGUUGGGAGUUCUCUAACAUUACGAUGUGACGCAACUGGUCAUCCAAAACCUACUGUGAAAUGGCUGUUUUUAACUUAUGACACUACGAAAGUAUUAGGGCCAGGUGAUAGGUCCGGUUCGCUACCUUUGCCAAGACUGCAAGCUUCUCAAAGUGGUUUUUACAUAUGCUUGGCUAAAAAUCUUGGUGGAUCAACGAACCUCACUUAUACAGUCCAAGUAUUAGUUCCGCCGACCAUUGAAAGAUCGUCGACUAAGUCAGCGACGGCUGUCAUUGGUGAUUUAGUAUUAGAGUUACCGUGCCGGGCGACAGGCUAUCCUAAGCCAACCAUUACUUGGAUGAAAAAUUGGUUAAAAAUACCUACAGGAACGUAUUGGUAUGAUAUGAAAGAAGAUGGGACACUCAUUAUAAAGAACGUCGACAAUAUGACUAAAGGCACAUACACAUGUUUAGCACAGAACGCAGUGGACACAGAUAUCAAUUUUAUUAACGUCAAUGUCCUGGAUUUUCCACUUCAGGGAAGACUGGAAAAAAUCGUGGAUUUAGAAAUUGGUCAAUCGGCUACAAUCAAUUGUGACAUUCCUCAUAAGAAAACUGAUAUACUGAGAUGGUACAAGGACUCAAAAUAUAUUGCAGACGGUGAAUUAAUUUUAUACAAUGUUCAACCAUCAGAUCAAGGAUUGUACACAUGUCGUGUUAAUACUUUUUCUGGUUCUACUAGUGCCACUAUAUCAGUUAAGGUUGGAUUCAAACCAAUGUUCACAACUGAUGAAGACGAAAACGUAGACUUCAAAUUAGAUGCCGAUGCUUAUUUAUCGUGUGUCGCGCGUGGAGAACCAAAACCCAAGGUGAAAUGGUUGUUCAAUGGCAAAACAUUGAAUGUAUCUAGUUGGGUGUACACAUUUGGAAUGUCAGAAAAAAAUAUCGGACAGUAUAUCUGCGUCGUAAGCAAUAAAUAUGGAACAAAAACUCGUAAUUUUAACAUCAUUAACAGAGAUUGCUUAUUUGAUACACUUAACACUGAUAUUGACAGCCCAAAAAUUGAAUAUGUUGAUUUAAGAUCUUACACUUAUUCUAAUAUCAUACAAGUGCCAAGAGGAGAAACGUUAACACUCACUUGCCCGGUACGUGUGGUUCCGAAAAUUGGGAUGAAGUGGAAAAGAGAA